GUGACCAACUGACCAUAAUCAAAUUCCGAACCACUAGCUUGUGAUCUCCUCAGCAACCACUCUGCCGGCGGCAAUGGCCGGACUAGAGCAGCACGGCGACGGCGGCCACCGCCGCCGCGUCGUCCUCUUCUCCCUGCCGUUCCAUGGCCACCUCAACCCGAUGCUCAAGCUCGCGGCGCUCCUCCACGCGCGGGGCCUCGGCGUCACCGUCCUCCACACGUGCUUCAACGCCCCCGACCCGGCGCGCCACCCGGAGCUCGCCUUCGUCCCCAUCCACGAGACGCUCCCGGACGAGGCCACCUCCCCCGACUCCGACAUCCUCAGGAAGCUGCUGGCCCUCAACGCCGCCUGCGAGGCGGCCUUCCGGGCGGCCCUAGCGUCGCUGCUGCGCGGCGGCCGCCGGGACGUCGCGUGCGCGGUGGUCGACGGGCAGUGCUACGCCGCGAUGGGCGCCGCCGGCGAGCUCGGCGUCCCCGCGCUCGCGCUCCGGACGGACAGCGCCGCCGCGUUCCGGAACAUGCUCGCCGGGCCGCAGCUGCGCGACGCCGGCUAUGUCCCCAUCAAAGGCAAGCAAGCUAAGAGCAACCUUUUUUUUUCUCCACAUUGGAUCUUGGAUCUCGGCGUUCAUGAGCCAGCUGCAAAUGUUCCGGCAGAGGAGCAGCUGGACGAGCCGGUGCCGGGCCUCGAGCCGCUCCGCGUGCGGGACCUGAUCCGCGUCGACGGCCGCGACACCGACGAGCACUGCAGCUUCGUCGCCUCCGUUGCCGGCGCCGUUCGAGCCUCGGUGUCCGGCAUCGUGAUCAACACGUUCGAGGCGAUCGAGGCGGCGGAGCUGGCCAAGAUCCAGCGCGAGCUGUCCCUGCCGGCGUUCGCCGUCGGCCCGCUUCACCUGCUGCUCGGCCAGCCACCGCCGGUGGAGCAAAGCCUGCACGAGCCCGACCGUGGCUGCCUGGCGUGGCUGGACGCGCGCCCGCCGCGCUCCGUGCUGUACGUGAGCCUUGGGAGCCUGGCCCGCGUCGACCGUGGCGCGUUCGAGGAGAUGGCGUGGGGGCUGGCCGGCAGCGGCGUGCCGUUCCUCUGGGUCGUCCGGCCGGGCUCGGUGGCCGGCGGCGCCGCCGGCGCCGGCGCCGGCGCCGCCGCCGACGAGGCUCCGCCAUUGCCGGACGGGUUCGAGGAGGAGGUAAGGGACAGGGGGAAGAUCGUGAAAUGGGCCCCGCAAAGGGAGGUCUUGGCGCACGCCGCCAUUGGCGCGUUCUGGACGCACUGCGGAUGGAACUCGACGCUGGAGAGCAUCUGCGAAGGCGUGCCCAUGCUCGUGCAGCCGUGCUUCGCGGACCAGAUGGUCACCGCAAGGUACGUGACGCACGAGUGGGGUGUCGGGCUAGAGGUUGGGGAAGAAGUGGUCGAGAGGGGAAUGGUGGCGAAGGCGGUGAGGGAAGCCAUGGCUGGUGGUGGUGGAGCUCGGAUGAGGGAGAGGGCACACCGUCUGCAGAUGCAAGCAUCUGCUGCUGCUACGAGUUCGGCCAUGGACGGUCUAGUCCGGUUCAUACUGUCCCUGUGAACUGCGGGCAUGUCUGAAAUCUGAAUGAUUCGGGCAUGAAUGGAAUGGUAACUUGAGAGGCAACCUUGAUGUGUUUGCUAAUUUUUCAAACAAUGUGAUGUGUUUCUGCUUCGUGCCAGCAAA